AUGACACCAACUCUUCUCUUCCAUGAGGAGCAGCCCCUGUGCCUGGGACAAUGGUGCAGGAACGAAAAUUCUGCACUGAAAGAAUGUUUAACUUCUUACUGUAAUGAUCCAGCCUUUUACGAAGAGUUCAAAAUGGAAUACCUGAAGGAAAGGGAAGAAUUUAGAAAAACUGGAAUUCCUACAAAGAAAAGCCUGCAGAAGCUUCCCACAACUAUUGAGGCAAAUAUAUAA